AUUCUGCACAUUGCGUUUGGCGACAUCGUCGAUCAGGCACUCGCCCUCAACGGAGCCACUGCACGCAGAUUCCGGUUCCUCGACGUUGACGCUUUCGCCCAUAAAUCAACGAUUCACGUCCUGGAGUAUGAAGAUCUUCCUUUGCUGCCAUAUGCCGUCACCUCGUACGUCUGGAGAGGCCUUCCUCCUCACCCCAACGUGAAAUCUCCGCUCCCGAGGUUUCAUGUUAAAGGUUGCGAGAAGGAUGAUCCGUUAUCUGUGGAGAUGCUGAGACUUGUUUCUCUGGCGGCCGAACAGCAGGGGUGUAAACUCCUUUGGCUGGACGCUCUGUGCAUUCUCCAGGCGGAUGAAGACGACAAGGGGUGGCAGAUUCAGCGCAUGUACGACAUUUACCGAUCCUGCAAAGAAUGUAUCGUUGCUCCCGGCGGUCUCCAGAGACUCACUUCUCUCACGGAAGAGACGUCGUGGGCGACUCGAGCAUGGACGCUUCAAGAGGCAAUUGCGCCGCCUUCGGUGAAAUGCCUGUUUGAGUGGGAUCGCGGCGACUGCUACAUCCAGUCGAAUAUGUCCAUGGAAGUAAAGGAGAUUGAGAAAGGCGUUGCGGCAAUUGCGAAUCUAAAGACUACACUGGAAAUGGCCAUGAAGGGAAGAGGCGUAAGCAUGCACGACUUGAAGGGCAACGAAAUGAAGUUGCCGUCUGAGGACUUUAAGAUUCGGCUUUUUGGCGAAAUGUCGCGCGACCGACCGCGCGUCAGGGAGCUGAUUGAUGCGAUGGACAUGAAGGGCAAGCCAGGCAUGUAUACCGCGAUUUGGCGGUGUUCAUUUAUGCGAUCGGCGAAGUUCCCUGUCGACGUUGUGUUUAGCGUGAUGGGUAUCAUGGGAGUGACGCUUGAUACGAGCAUAUUCAAAAAAGAGGAUCGACUGAAGGCGACAAUUGCCUUGAUGCAGGGCAUUUUGGGGAGAGGAGAACACGCUGAGUGGUUGGCCAUUGCGACGAAAACGCUGCCGCACCCGGAGUUGUCGACCCUGCCUGUCUUUCCUGUGCUUGAUGCUGCGUAUAGGCCUCUCCUAGAGACGAAGGAUGGUAUGAAGGAUAUUGGAGAUAUCAUGGACUCUGGCUGGAGGCUUGCCAAUACACCCACAGGGAUAAUGAAUGCCAGUGGGUACUUCCGGUUCAACGCUCUGGCGACAUCUGUGAAGCAAAGCCAACAGGAGACGACAUCUGCAACCGUGUUUAGCUCUGACACCACGGGCAACUGGGAGGUUGUGCCGCAGGGGAGCGGAUCGCAUACAGCUGUCCUGAUCGGCCAAUGGGAGCAGUACAACAAUGGAGCAUUUGGACUCCUUGUGAAUCUAUGGAAUCAAUGUUUGAUGAUAUUAAAAGAGCAUGAUGUUGGCAAGUUUAGUAAUGUGGGAUAUGCGUUUGUCAAGGAGGAGGUUUUGCAGACGGGAAGUUGG